GUGUCUGUGGGGAGCAGCGGUGGCGGCGGCGCUGGGGAGCAUCAUGUCGAAGGUCACCUUUAAAGUGACGCUCACGUCGGACCCGCGGCUGCCCUACAAAGUGUUAAGUGUGCCUGAAAGUACACCUUUCACAGCUGUCUUGAAGUUUGCUGCAGAAGAAUUCAAAGUUCCUGCAGCAACAAGUGCCAUUAUAACCAAUGAUGGAAUAGGAAUAAACCCUGCACAGACAGCAGGAAAUGUAUUUCUAAAGCAUGGUUCUGAUCUACGGAUUAUUCCCAGAGAUCGAGUUGGGAGUUCUUAAUGUCUACGGAAAGCUUUGGAAUAAGUGAUAUCGCCGUACAGCAAAGGUCUAUUUAUUUUGGAACUCUAAGACACAACAAAUGAAUUGGCCUUUUUUUAAAGCUAGUAAAAAUGACUUCCCAGGAUUUUUUUUUUUAAUUACAAAGAGAUAAGGUUUCAUUUUCUUGUUAAAAUAUAUUAUCUCAUGCGCUAAUUCUUCCUUGACUAGUAGAAGAAUGGGCUCAUUCCACGUUAUGUUCCUGAAAGAAAGAUGAACUUCUCUGUAGGUGUUAUUGAUGCCACAAGGGUAAACACACAGCCACAAUAAAUAAAUAUUUAAAUAAUGGAUAUUGUUGAGCUUACUUUGUGGAAGGGGGAACUGUGUUUUGAUUUUGCUACAAAGAAAUUGUUCCUACUGAGUACUAGAUCUUUUUU